GCCAAGUAGAAAGAAAAGAAGACAUUUUCUCAGUGGCUUCCACAUUGACUUGGAAAAAUGACCUGCUUGUCUCCAGAUUCAGUAACGUGUCUAUAUUAUUUAUCAUCACCAUGGAACAGCAAUGGAGAGCCAAGUCCAGACCAGUUUCUGCUGGGGGCUUCCAUUUAUAUUACUGCUUCUCUGCUUAAUGACAAGAGAAUUUCUUCCCAACACAAAUGCUCACUUGAUGAAUUGCUGGGAGUCGGAUCAAGAAGCUCUCAUUGACUUCAAGAAUGGUCUUAAUGAUCCUGCAAACCGGCUUUCUUCAUGGAAGGGAAGCAACUGUUGCCAAUGGUGGGGAAUAAGUUGUGAUAACACAUCUGGAGCUGUUAUUGCAGUUGAUCUCCGUGAUCCACAUCAAGACGGAUUUCAGUUUUUUGGCAGGUAUGUACACCCUACUAUCAGUGGGGAUAUAAGUCCUCCAUUGAUGACACUGAAGUCCUUGAGACAUUUGGACUUGAGUUUAAAUGCAUUCAUUGACAACCCAAUUCCUGAAUUUCUUGGAUCUUUAAAAAAUUUGCAAUAUCUAAACCUUUCAAAUGCUGGGUUUAGUGGUGCAAUUCCUCAAAAUUUAGGGAACCUUUCUAGCUUGCAGUAUUUUGAUCUUGAUAAUAGUAUGACUUUGGAAUGGCAUUCGGGUUUAUACGUUGAUAAUCUUGAUUGGGUAACAGGUCUUGUUUCUCUUAAGCAUCUUGACAUGGAUGCAGUUGAUCUUUCAAAUGUAGGAUCACAUUGGAUUAUGAAACUAAAUAAGUUCUCAUCCUUAACCGAGUUGCAUCUAUCUGAUUGUCUUAGGUCUAAUGACUUGAAUUCAAAAAUACCUGAUUGGCUUGUUAAUAUUAGCAGCCUUGUUACUUUGGAUUUAAACAGUGGAAAAAAUAACUUGACAGGAACUUUGCCAAAAUUCCUUGAAGGAAUUGAAAAUUGCCUUUCUAGGAAGCCACUGCCCAGUCUGCAGGUGUUGAACUUGCCAAACAAUCAUUUGGUUGGUAAACUACCGGAGUGGCUGACUCAGCUUGCGAAUCUCGUUGAGCUUGAUUUGUCCUCCGGAAAUCUGUUAAAUGGCAGCGUACCUGCUAGUUUUAGAAAUCUCAAAGCUAUGACCCAAGUUCAAAACCAUAACAAUUAUCAUUUAUAUGGGGGUUUGAAUGGCUAUUAUGCAGAAAAUUUUGUUGUGACAGCAAAAAACCAGCAUCUGGAAUUCACCAAGAGCCUCUCCCUUGUUGUCAGCUUAGAUCUCUCGGGAAAUAAUUUGAAUGGAGAUCUUCCUGGAGAGAUAACAAAUUUGUUGGGCUUAGUGUUUCUGAACUUUUCUAGAAACCAUAUCAGUGGACACAUUCCCGAAAGCAUUUCGAGGUUGACACAAUUGUCAUCACUUGAUCUCUCACACAAUAAGUUUUCAGGUGCUAUUCCUCCAAGUUUGGGAUCUCUCUCAUUUUUGGGGUAUCUGAAUCUAUCAGACAAUGACUUCACUGGUGAUGAAGACGAUGAUGAUACAGAUAAGGGAUCGACCAUUCACAAGGAUAAUAGUAAUGGUGGCAGCUUCAUAGAUAAUUGGUUUUACCUGAGUGUUGGAUUGGGAUUUGUAGCAGGAAUUCUUUUUCCUUUUCUGGCUCAGUACUCUUGA